AACAGAGGCGACUAGAAUAUUCUCUAUGUAGAGGUUAUGUUGUAUUUCUCGUGAUGUUUUUAAAUUACUAAAUACUAGAAAGAUUAAAAUUAGGUGUGUUCUAAAUAUUUUUUAUAAUGUCCAACGUAUUUGGAUUAUUAGUAUCGGGAAGACUGGUGCAGACCGAUUUCAUGCCACUUUCGGAGACGCAAUUCCUAGUGACUAUACCGGAGGCCGAUGCAAUCAACCACGCGGCGGUAUUUUUGACAGGAGUAACACCACUGCCGGCGGGCACGGCUGGCAUGGUGUACUGGAGCUGGCCAGAUCCCUCUGCGCCACCUAAUUGGCAGCUGCUUGGACACAUUUCGAAUGCCAAACCUUCGGCCAUAUUCAAAAUUGGCAAUUUAAAGAAACUACAUGAACUUCCUAAUGAGAACAAGUUCAGCAGUGCCUUUGGUCAACAACAAAUUUGUCACAAUGCACAAAUUGGUAUAUCUAUAGAACCAGAGGAAAAUGUACAGCUUCUUGCUUCUUCAGUGGCCUCGGAGACUACUAACUCUUAUAUCACAUUCGCCCAGAAAAUGUUAGAGAAUUUGGUGAAUUUUGUGGCAUCAUUUUCGGUGACUCAAGAGCAAAUGACACCCACUCCAGGAGUCUUGUACAUCCCUCUCAACACUCUCCACACAUGGUAUCAAAACUUUGAGCGACGGUUGCAGCAGAAUCCGAACUUCUGGAAAAACUAAAUUUGUUGUGUCCAACGCAUAAAUGAGGAAUUUUGCAAUGCACUGUUGUGCAACAAAUAGGGGUGACGACUGGGCAAAAAAAAGAAAAUUUUAUUUAGGCCGUCAAUCAGUUGGUAGAAAAUUUUUUGAUACGUAUUUCUUUAUUCUUCAAUUUAACAAGAAAUAGCUUAGAUAACAGGUGUUACUUCACAGUUUAGUAGAAAUUGAACGAAAGGGUGACAUCAUAUGACAUUUUAACUGAAAAUAUACAAAAAAUAUGUGUUUAAUAUUUUUCAACAAUCUACCUGCCGGACAUACAAAAAAAUUGUCGUCAUCCCAAUAGUUGUAAUUUAUUAUGAAAACAGUGAUUUUGCACCUGAGUAAGUGAAAAUGAUUUUGUGCUGCUUCACAAUGAAUUAAAACAAUGAGUUUCCUUAAUUUACAAGAAAUCACCUAACUAUUGGUUAUUACUUAUUUUAUUAUUUUUCCACUUUUUCUCAGCUCUUGACGUGAUUGUUAUUGCAAUAAGCAUUUGUGAUUAUAAAUAAGUAGUAAGAAUCAGUAUCGUAACUUCACUGCAAACAGUUGAACCUCGAAAGGGCUGAAAGGGCAAUUUUAGUCAAAUGCUCUAAUAAAACAAAAUUGGAACCGUUAUUGUGCCAGGAUCCUGGGGCCUUUAAUUAUUUUUCUUUAGAAAAAAAUUGUUAAUGAGUGCAUAAGGCAUUCAUCACUGCAGCAUCAGUAAGCUAGUUAAUACAAGGCUGAUAAAUUUAUUUAUGCUGUUAGAUUUUUGCUGUGGCUGCAUACAGACUAUUGUCACGCGCAACGCCACGUGUCCAUAGCACAUACAAUAGUUUGAACAUGAGCAAUAUUAAAAUAGGAAAAUAUGGACUCAAAACAUCUGUCUGGAACAUACUGGUGGGUUUUUAUCUGAUUGAGAUAAACCUCUGUCGCCUUUACGAUUCUUUAGGGCCCUACUAUAUUUGAUAUAGAAUUGAGGAGUAAAUAAAGAUUAGACAUAAUAUGAAUGACUUUGAUGAAAUCGUAAAAGAAAUAUGUAAAGACUGUGCUAUGCUAUGUAAAUAAAAUAUUAUGAAUAAUAAGUUUUUUUAUCACUCUG